UAAAUAAUAGAAAAGAUGUGUACCACGUCACUUGAUUUGCGGCUUUGCUUGCUAUCCAAGUUCAACAAUGGGUGCUGCGCUAACGAUCAGCAGUCAGCAGCACACUGCAGUGCAGUGCAGGCGGCUCUUCUCUUCCCCACUCCCACUCAAAUCAUUGAUUGCCUAAUCGCCAGUGAAGUCAAAACAGAUGUCCCACCUUUUCCACCUUUAAAACACAGCCACUUCUUCAUCCUACCUCCCAAUCCCAAUCCAAUCCCACACCUCUUCCCCAUCCAAUCACUCUCGUUAACUGCUCUUUUCCUUGGACGAAUGGAGUCCGAAAUCCAUGAAGACAUUGUUAUAGUGGGUGCGGGCAUAGCUGGACUCUCUACAGCUCUUGGACUUCACAGAUUGGGAAUUCGGAGUCUGGUUCUGGAAUCAUCAGACGGUCUCAGAAUUACUGGGUUUGCGCUUACCAUGUGGACUAAUGCCUGGAGAGCGCUUGAUGCGCUUGGUAUUGGCGACUCCCUCAGAGCCAGAUCUCUCCGAAUGCAAGGUAUUGAAGCCUGUUCCCGGAAUCCCAGCCUGCGUAGUCAGCAGCAAGGUGGUGAUGCAGACCUCAAAUUUGACAUGUUUGAAAGCCGUUGUGUGAAAAGAAAAGACUUGCUAGAAAAUUUAGAGAGAGAACUGCCACAAGGAACCAUCAGGUAUUCUUCCAGGAUUAUUUCUAUUGUUGAAUCAGGUCGCCUCAAAUUGCUGCACCUUGCGGAUGGUACUGAUGUUAGAGCUAAGGUGUUGAUUGGAUGUGAUGGAGUCAAUUCAGUGGUGGCAAAAUGGCUGGGGCUUCAGAAUCCAGUUAAUGCUGGGCGAUCGGCAAUCAGAGGAUUUGUUGAGUACAUGGAUGGCCAUGGCUUUGAGCCAAAGUUCCAUGCCUACUUUGGUGGAGGUGUGCGUUAUGGUUUUAUACCCUGUGACCAAAAGAGCAUAUACUGGUUUUGCACCUUCACUCCGUCACUCUUCACAUAUGAUGAAAAUGAGCAAGAUCCCCUGAAAAUGAAGCAAUUUGUGAUGAGCAAUAUCUGGGAUGCACCAAAACAUGUAUCGGAUAUCGUGGAGAGAACUGGGCUAGACUGCAUCUCCUGCGCUCCUCUAAAAUUCAGACAACCAUGGAACAUUUUGCAGGGAAACAUUGUCAAAAACAAUGUUUGUGUAGCUGGUGACGCCCUACAUCCCAUGACACUGGAUAUAGGUCAAGGAGGGUGCUCAGCUUUAGAAGACAGCAUCAUUCUUGCCAGAUGUCUGGCCGAAGCAUUGUUGAGAAAACAAACUUGCAACGACAAAGAAAAAGAUGAAGACUAUGUAAGGAUGGAAAAGGGUCUGGAGAAGUACUCAAAAGAGCGGAGAUGGAGAAGUUUCAGUCUCAUCAGCACGGCAUAUGUUGUUGGCCUGAUACAAGAGAGUGAUAGCAAAGUAAUAAGGUUCUUGAGGAAAAACUUGCUGUUUCAGUUUCUUGUUGGUAUUUUUGAGAGGAUGGCUGACUUUGACUGUGGGGAGUUAAUCGUUUCUUGAAACGGUUAACGCUGAAGCGACAAAUUUGAGUCUCAAUGCUUAAUAAGUUACCGAAAAAGUAGGUUUUUUUGGUAAAAAUGUUAGUAUUUUGACAGUUGAUGAAAUUUUAUUUGAGAUACCAAGCCCACAUAAUGCGUUUUAUUCA